AAAUUGAAAUUAUUGUCACAGCCAAUGAGCAAAGAUACAGUAUUUGGAGUUAAAGAUAUAGAAGAAUUAAUAUUUCUAUUGUCUGAACGACCUGGCGAAAUGGUGCGUUGUUCACACGUCAGAAAUAUGUUUGCAUCUAGAGCCUGCCGCAAAUCUGUAAUGAUUGGAGAUGCAUUAAACCGUCAACAAAUGCAAAAGAUUGUAAAACGUAUGGGAGAUAUUGAUCAACCAUGGAAUUGCCCUCAUGGCCGACCAACUAUGAGACAUCUUUUCGAUUUGUCUCAAGUAAAAAAUUCUCAACCAUAUACAAUGCGUCUUAAAAAUAGAG